CCUAUCGACUGCCUGCCCUCUUUCACGUUGGAGAUCUUCCUCUGGCGUGCUAUCGCCGCCGUCCCUUGAUAGCCAUUCCAUAUCUCACCCUCAACUCUCAAACAGCAUCGGCUGAGCAUUACCCUAUCCUCCAUCGUCAGUUCACCCCAUUUCACCCCUGUCUAUCAAGGCCGGGAUAAGAUUGGACAUCAAAUCCGGGGUAGCUCGGUGAAAGGGGAGGGGAGGGGGCGGAUCCGCGUGGCGAGCGGGGUCACGGCCGGCCGGUUGAGCAUUAUCCUAUCUCGCCAUCCAUGACCGCCUCGUAAUCGUCCGUGAUUGCCGUCUACGAGUGUGAAGUCGGCCCAGCACACGAAGGUUUCAGGUUGCUUAGCUAGCAAGUCUCACGAGACCGAAAUCCGUCUGAUCCGCCGUCUCCGCCAUCUCCGCCAAAGUCUUUCGUCCCAACGUUCAGUAGGCCCAACUUCAUAUGCAGGGCACGAAGCAAUCUGGUUAGCUAGCGCUUCCAGGAUAUCCAGACAACAAGGUGCGGAAUAGGAACGUCCGCAACCAAGAUGUCCUUCACUACAAAAGCGAGCGAGGUACCACGAGCCAGCUGGGGCUUCAACUGCGCCAUUUCUUGUCGCCGACAACGUCUUGACUCUUGAUUAAGUCGCCGCCAGAUGCCAUCAUGGAGCUCGAAUCCGCCAUCCCGGAAUGGCUUCAAACGGACCGCACAGUUCCAGCCAAGACGCCCCCAAACUUCUCGCCCCCCUUCGAGCUAUACACGUCGCGGUUCCCGAAGAAUAUCAAAGACGUCGUCAUGGCCGUCAUCGGCGCCCAGUAUCCAUCUGCGGAGGCAAACGACGGCAAGGCCCUCGCGACGAUAUCCGCCUUCGUCACCGCGGACGCCGUCGACCCGGGCUCGCGCCCCGCGUUCCACGAAGUCGCCGCCGUGACGGACAACCGCGGCUUCCACAACGUCGCCGUCUUGGCGUACUGGCCCAGCAGGCCGUCCUAUGACGGCUGGCGUGCGAAGAGUGGCUUCGGUGAGUGGUGGGCCGGGCUGGGGCCGGGGGAGGAGAGCCCGCGCAACGGAUGGUUUCUCGAAGUGUUUCUCCCGACCGUCGACCGUUUCGAGACGGUGUUCUCUACGGCGACCCCGGAAGGUGCGGCGCAUAUGCGGGAGAGUUCGAGCGGUCCGAUCCGAGAGCAUGUGUACUGGGGAAGCAUGCGGGAUCGGCUCCCCAUAUCUCAAACGGAUGAGCUCCUUGGCGAGGAGACACAAAAAGCCCGCGAAGGGGCAUCUUCAAAUGAAGACACUGGCUCGAGGCAACGGGUCCGCGUGCCCGGCAGGAAAAACCUCGCCGUGAUCCGGUCCGGGCAGGACUGGUCGGCCGCACCGCCCGAGGAACGCCAGCUCUACCUCGACUCGAUGCACCCGCCGCUGGUUAAGGGGAUGGAGUACCUCCGCGACCACGGCGACGAGGUCGGCUGCUUCAGCUGCCGGUUCAUGGAGAUUGUCGACGGCGCCGCGCCGGCGAAGGAGGAGGUCGUCGGCGCCGGCGGCAGCGGGACGGACCGGACGUUCGGGCUGGCGUACUUUGACAGCCUUGUGUCUCUGGAGAACUGGAGCCGGGGCCACCGGACGCAUCUCGCCAUCUUUGGCGAGUUUGCGAGGUAUGCCAAGAGGCUCGGGGACAGGAUGGGCCUGAGGCUGUUUCACGAGGUGCUGGUGCUCGAGGCGGAGCAGCAGGUCUUUGAGUACGUUGGCUGCCAUGGGGGGACGGGUAUGCUGAGAUCGUUGUGAGUGACUUUCGUGGCACUUGUGCUGAUGGACUUGGAGCUGUCCGUGGAUGUAGAGGAAAACAAUAGGUCGACCCAAGCGACGGUUUUUCCGUAGUAAUGUAAUUACUAUGAAGCAAGCGCCAUUCCUUAGGUCCUCAGCCCAUUCGAGUUUGAUUUAAUAGAUUCUGGUGCAACUCUGCUCUGAAAGCUGUCAUAUGUUGUAUCGUUUGAUGGCUUCCCACACCAUUACGCUCUAGUUCCUAACCAGCUGCAACAUCC